AUGGGAGAAUACGAAAGGACCAUCGUCACUCACUAUAAUCUACCUACUCCGUAUCCUACCGAGUGGCCCAAGGAGCUAGAUGAAAGUGAUGACCAGGAUGAUGUACCAGACGCCGUCGGGAUUAGACGGUCUCGAUCGAGAUAUUCAGCUUUGGAAAGAAGUGCCAGCGAACGGAAAAGUCUGCUCCCAGGCUCACAGAAGACUGGUGAUGGCAGAGCGAACCUUGUCCAAAAGGAUGAGCCAGACCCGCUAGGCCACAAUGCAAGCGUCGUCCAAACACUUCGCAACCGUGGUUUGCCGGUUGAGCAAGACUCGCGGUUGCGCAAUAAAUUCAUGCUCUCAUCAACGACAUUUUCACCGGCUUUGUUCUUAUCUCAGACACAUUCUGACGCCACGACCGAUGAUCUGCUUCGAGGUCUGCAAUAUUUGUCGAGAUCAAUUGAUCAAAAGUCAGCCUCGCUCAAAGUACUGGUUGAGACAAACUUUGAACGCUUUGUGCGUGCUAAAGCUACAAUCGACAACGUAUAUACAGAAAUGCGCAAUCAGGGAAUCGAUACAUCAGCUACACAGCCACCCCCCCCAUCGCCGAGACACUCUCGUCGAACGAGUGGAAUUCACUUCCGCAAUAUCAGCAGUAGUAGCGCUGCGGGGAUGCACAGUCAAGCACCACCUCAAACUCCGAGCAAGAAUGCUCUUCGCAAGGAGACGGAGUUUGGUGUUCAAGGUAUUAAAGGUCCGCUCCUUGAAGUCUCUCAAAAAGCGGAUGACGUCUGGGGCCCAGCUCUGGGAGGAAAGGAGCGUGAAGGGAAUCUGAAGGCAAUAGCAGAGGCAAUAUCAAAGGAUCAUAUGCUCUAUGAAGUGGGCGCGAACCUUGAUGAGGCAAUUAAACAAAAAGAUUAUGGCAAAGCCGUAGAGCUUUAUAACUCUGCUAGGCGUUAUGCCGUUGAAGCAAGGUCCCUCAGCGACGGGGUCGUCCAGAACGGCAGGACACUUACAGAUGAGCAAGUCCACCGAAUUCUAGCGGUAGGAAGACUCUGGGCGGAUGCAGAUGACCAGGUCAAAACCUUGAAGCGCGACAUCUGGCGCAGACUAUCAAAUAUGCCUUCUACUCUCGGAAGCCCCGGUGCCUCUCAAGCAGAGGAGCACAUUGAGUUGAUCACUGUCUUACUCGAGCUAGGGGUUGAUGAAAGCCCCAUCUGGGUCUAUCUAUUGAGUCGGUAUGACUCGCUGAAGAACAAGAUCGCUGCCGUUGUUGAACGAUCGAAGAUCGAGAUCGAGAUUCUUCGCCGUCGACUUGCUGCUGGAGAGAGCCCAUCAUCGCAAGCGAUUGCUGCUUUCUUGCGCCAAGCCUCCAAAGAUCGUCCAGAUGCGCUGGACACAGAAAAUGUGGUCGAUUUUUGGAAUUGCAUUUUGACAUACAUUACUAAAUUAUUAUCGCUGUCGACUGGGCUUUUAGGCGAAGUGAUAGAUUUUUGGGAUUCUGCUCGGUCUUUCAUCGACGGCAACAAACAGAGAAACCUUCCAAGAGGAUUCGAGGGAGAAAGUGUCAAACACCAUCAAUUAUCUGAGUAUGACAUCAACGCGCUACGUAGCGGAGCGGUUGAAUUGAUCACGCUGGUCAGAGAUGCCGUAUUUUCCCUCUUUGCUGAGCCGCCGACCGAAGAUAUUUCGGCGCUCUUUUCACCAACACCGGCCUCGGCUCAAACACCUACCACCCCUCUUGCCCCUGUCCCUUUCUCGCCCACCGAGGGCAGAAUUGGUAGACUGGAUCCCAACAACCUGCCUGCGGCUGCAGCAAGGAGAGGUGACCCCUGGGAAGACUUUGCUUUCUGGCCUCCACAUUCCAAUGCACUGAGCGCUGUGCACUAUCUGGAGAAGAUAUUGACUCUCGUUGGUAUUGCUGCUGGUGAGAUGGCCGCUGUACGGCCUGUGACGAAUAACGGCUCCGUUCACGACAAGGUCAAAUCCAUGAUUGCAGGUGCCCGUGAACGAUGCAUGCGAGCUGUGUGUGAGGCGUGGGGUAAGGAUGCCGAAAAUUGCAAAUCUCUCGAAGACUGGGUCCGGGCUCCAGAAAAGCGUGACCAGACAAGAAUGCCGUUGUAUUUCGAGGCUUUUGAGCGCAAAGUUCUGCUAGGCAUGCAGCAAGUCUUAUAUUUCUCCGACACGCACACAAAAGCAGGUCGUGAAAUCAUUACUCCUCCACCAACCAAGCUACUGCAAAUGGCGCGUACUCAGUUCGUCAGCAGUGUUUACAAAGCGGUCAGCGGCAUGCUAGAAAAUGCCGAAUCGUCAACGCAAGGUCAAGAGGAUGAAUGGGUGGUGUCAGUUGGAUUGGGUCCCGUUGCAGAGCGCAAUGGCCCCAGCGGCAUGCUCACGCAGGACACUAUCAAUUCUUCCAGCCGCAAUGUUCGAAUGCUUUUGACAAUGUCAAAUUUGAAAGCUCUACGAAACGAGCAUGUCCCAUCAUUGAUCCAGCUAUUCGAAUCGUCUUUCUCAGUCAAGUUAACAGAUGAAUCCAAAACUAUUCGAGAUGUUUUUGGUCAGAUCGAUGCGAAACUGUUCCACUCUUACACAAAGCCCAUGGUUGCAGGACUGACAAAACUGAUCAAGGAGGGUAUCAAUUCUCCCACGUGGGCACCGACAUCAGGAAGACCGGAUCAAGUGAGACCAUAUGUUUAUGCUGCGUUAAUGACGCUUGUCAUGGUACAUACAGAGGUUUCAACGACCGUCUCGAAUACCGCAGCCAGCAAUCCUCUUCUCAACGAAAUCCUCUCCUUCCUGCUCGAGAAUGUCUCGCAGGCUCUCCUGGAUGGCUUCAAGGAGCGCAAACCGAACACUUACACCCUACCUGCCCUGAUGCAAGCUACUCUAGAUACUGAGUACAUUGCACAAACCAUGUCACAAUAUUCCACAACCAAGGCCGGUGAAACCCAGGGUCACAUCUACACAGAGUUAGAUAAGCGCACCACGAACGACGCAAGACAGAAACUCCAGCAGGAACUGGGAGACAUGCGUAUCGUAUUGAAGAAGCUACGCGAAGGCAGCAGGAAUAGCUUUGGGUGCUUUAAACGCCAACGCACCGAGAAGGACAGGGGCCGCAAGAUGACGGGCUAG